CCCCCGAACGAAGCAACCCCUCUUCCUCUAGAAGCUUCCGCGCUCCCUCCCAAGCCUCCGCUCCAAUGGCGCCCUCCCUCCUCGCCGCCGCCUCGCCCUUCCUCCUCCACGGCGGCGCCGCCGCCCCGACCCGCCGCGCCGCUCUGCGCGUGGCCGCGCUCAAGUACGACCCUGCCAAGGUGGCGCCGCAAUCCGACCGUGUGCUCGUCCGUCUCCAGCAGAUCCCUGAGAAAUCUGUUGGAGGUGUGUUGCUUCCGAAAUCUGCUGUUAAAUUCGAGAGAUAUUUGAUGGGGGAGAUUUUAUCGGUCGGUGCUGAUGUUAGUGAAGUCGAAGCUGGAAAGAAGGUUCUCUUCUCAGACAUAAAUGCUUACGAGGUGGACCUGGGUACUGAUGAGAAACACUGCUUCUGCCGGGAGUCUGAUCUGCUGGCCGUUGUUGAGUAACUUCGACUCUGAAAUUUCAGUAUCGUGUGCCUAUGCUCCGAUGUCUUGUCCAAUGGCACGAGCUUGAGCUAGUCACAACUUUGUUGUCCAUUUGAUGCCCAUGAAUUCAACAAUCUGAUGAGUGUUAGUCACCGAUGAAUUUUGAUCGCCACAAACUGGGAUUAUGUACAUCUUACAUUUUGUUUGUGUUGGGGAUCGAAUGAAUCAUAUAAAAACUUGACCGUCCUGCAUCGCUCAUCUGGAGCUUGGCAGUUCGGCCAUUCGUGAA